CAUGUUAACCAGAAUGCAAGACUACAAGUUCAAGAACUUCUACCUACUUUGUCGGGAGCUCCUAGAAAUCGAAACUGGUGUCCGAUCAAAUAUCGAGAUCAACGCAGUCAGGUAUGACGUGGUCCUCUCGGAGGUCAUCGACUACAUUGGAGAAAAAGGGAUGAUGCUUGGUGCCUCUCAGGAGUACUGUGACAGCAUCGCGGCGCUGAUUGUAGAAAGUUCUAUUCCUUCCGAGUCUGAGAGUUUGGUUGACCCGGAGAGACAGGAACUUGCCGAGCUGAGGCAGAUGGACGAUGAUACUAUUGAUACAGUAGGAGGCGGAGAUUUGGAUAAUCUUGUGACUAUCUUUGGGCAGGCUACAAGCUACGCCUACCGCCCAAUCUGGCCAGGCGUUCCUAACCCAUUGGCUAACCUCAUUCUAAAGAUCAUGGAGUUUUUAGACAAAUUUCGUCACUUAGAAGUAGGCGGACUAAGCUCUGACGAAAGUGAACUAAGCUCAGACGAAAGUGAACUAAGCUCACAACAAUAGUGCCGGUUCUGUUUCUUUGGUCAACAACAUGGGGGAUCCUUUUCCCUUACUGUUUAAUUAUUGGUUUUUUUUUUAAAUUUUAAAUUAUCAUUGUUCUGUUGGUUGUAACAAAAUUCUUUAUUUUUGAUGUUAUUUAUUCGAUUAGUUAAUUGUCAAGUAACCUUGUUAAUUUUUUUUUUUUUUUUGCAACAGAGGCGUAGCCACCCUUACCAGCGCCCGGGGACAAACUUUCAAUUUGGCGCUCCCCUCGGGAACAACUUUUCAAUUUGCACCCCCCCCCCUCAAACUUUCAAUUUGCACACCCCCCCCCCCCUCAAACUUUAUAUUUAUAAUGCAAAACUGCGGCUAAAAUGAGAUUUUAAUUUGUUUUUACCACCCAUUUCGCCACCCUCUAAGAUCGGCGCCCGGGGACAUAUGAAC